CAACACGGGUGCUUAUGUAUAAAAAAUCAACCUUUUUCUAUGUGGCAUAUGAGAAACCAAAUUUCUGUGACAAAUAAUGCAGGCAUUCGUUUUCAUAGGGGUAUGAUCGUCAAAAUUCCUUUAGAUAAGUACAAUUAGAUUCCGCCACAUGCCAUCUUAUGGUUUAUUUAUUUUCCCAACAAAACUAAUAUUGUAAAAAAAACUAUUCUUUCUUUAUUAGAAAAAAAACUAAAUACAACAAAAUUCAUAACUGUUUUUUUUUCUAGUACCGACCAUAACUUUAACACACAAACUCCGAUUGAAGUGAUUCAGAAUAUAACGAAUAUAACUCUUGUAUCAUAACUUUGAUUGGGCUGAUUCAAAAUUUCACAAAAGAUGACUUAAUUAAUCACCUACAAGCUCCUUGUUUUACAUUUCUUUCAGUUCAUCACCAAUUAUGCUAAGAAUCUUACCCAAUCUCAAUGAAGUUGCUAAAAAGAAUGUAUUUGCCGAUGAUUUAGAAAAACAAACGACUAUUGUAUGGACAAUUUAGUGUUAUGGAAUCAUUGAUAAUUGUUUCUAAUUAUGUUUUUGCUGUCUUUUAGUAACAAAUGUCAACCGUUUCAAUUGUGUUUUAGGCGAAAUAUUAACUGAAUCAUAAAACCGGCAUGGAUUUUAUCCAAAAAUAUUAUUUUUAACAAAAAAAAAAAAUUACAAGUGAAAAAACUGAAUAGUAAGGAAUCAGCUGAAUCAUUAUAUGAUAUCUUAACUAAAAAUUUGCAAUUUUAUUUUUAUAGAAAACAACACAUAAUAUUAAAAAAAAACCGAAGUUUUGAUAGUUUAUACUAAAAUGUGUCAAUAUGGUCUCCAUUUUAAAGAAAAGAAAAAUUACGAACAUAUAAGAAGAAAAUUGACAGGUUAAAGAACAGUUGCAUUGCAUUUGCAUGAUGUGAUUUAUAAACAAAACCAUUCACCAAAACAGAGGGAAGGAGGGAUAAUUGUUAAUUAGAAUUAGCGGAGAUGAAGAAUAAAUGAUGCGAAGGUUAAGGGGACAAUACAUCGUCAAUUAAUUAAAGUGGUUGUAAUGUACGUAAAUGGGUUCUCCUCAAAUCACGGUUCUCUUCUAGUUAUAACUCAUAUUCUCCUGAAGAGGCCGACCCAAAAAUGGAGGAACGUCUUGGAUCAGAAGAGAAAUUUAAAGGAUCGAUACAGAAGAGGGCAUCUACAACCUGAUCCAAGAACAUGGAAGGAAGGAAGGAAGCAGGAAGUCUUAAAAACUACAAGCCAAAAUUCAGCUAUAUCUUCUGUGAUAUGGAUGGUACACUUCUGAAUAGCAAAAGUCUAGUUUCUGCUACAAAUGCUGAGGCAUUAAGAGAGGCUUCAUCAAUGGGUGUAAAAGUGGUGUUAGCCACUGGAAAAACUCGUCCAGCUGCUAUAACUCUUUUAAAUAUGGUGGAUUUAGCAGGAAAAGAUGGAAUUGUCUCAGAGUCCUCACCAGGUGUUUUCAUACAGGGUUUGCUUGUUUAUGGAAAAGAAGGCAAGGAAAUUCAAAAAACAAAUUUGGAUCCAAAUGUUUGCAAAGAAGCAUUUCAUUAUUCUGUAGAACACAAGGUUCCACUUGUUGCAUUUAGUGAGAAUCGUUUGCUGACCUUAUUCAGUCAUCCUCUUGUCGACUCCCUCCACACCAUAUAUCAUGAACCAAGGGCAGAAGUUAAGCCUUCAGUGGAGGAGCUGUUAAGUAGUGGAGAUGUACAAAAGGUGUUAUUUCUAGACACUGCUGAAGGGGUUUCUGGGAAACUGAGGCCAUAUUGGUCAGAAGCAACAAAAGGUCGUGCAUGUGUUGUUCAAGCACAAGCAGACAUGCUUGAAAUUGUGCCACCUGGCACUUCAAAGGGUAAUGGAGUAAAAAUGCUGCUUGAUCAUCUUGGUGUUACUGCAAACGAGAUAAUGGCUAUUGGUGAUGGAGAAAACGAUGUUGAGAUGAUGCAAUUGGCUUCUUUAGGGGUUUGUUUGAGUAAUGGAUGUGAGAAGACAAAAGCUGCAGCUAAUGUGAUUGGUGUUAGUAAUGAUGAAGAUGGAGUUGCUGAUGCUAUCUAUAGGUAUGCAUUUUAAAGUUUAAACCACACAUUACAUUUUGAGCUCAAAGACUCGAAAACUUGGUAUACUUUUUGUUUUUUGUUUUUCUUCCCUGUUGGAAUUAUUGUACAUAGAUGGGUAGAUACUAGUAAAAGGAAAGAGAAAGGCUAGUGAUAAUGAGAGAAAAGAAACAAAGAAGGAAAGUUAAUGUCAUUGGUCCAUGAGACCUUGUUGUUAUAGGUUGACACAAGAUUCAAAUCAUCUCAUUGUAUAGCAAGGG